UACGCUAACUGCCACUCCUUCUCUGUCCUCCGUGUCUCCUUACUCCGCAUUUUCAAUCUCUACGAUCUCUUUCUCUGGCUCAACCUCUCUCUGUUCUCUCUCUCUCACCCCUAGAUUUCUGCUUCCAAUGCAACGACAAUGGCGCUCUCUUCGAGCUCGUUUUAGCUCUCGGUCUCUCUCGACUUCUACCUCCGUUCUAUAACAAUGGCGGUGUGUUCGAGCUGAGUGUCGCCCUUGUCUUUCUCAUGGUUUAAGCUUCCGUCUGAAGAAAAAUGCCGAAUUUUGUUACGUUAUUUGCGAUUUUUGAGCUCGGUUAUGGAUCUAAUUGUUUCUAUUUAUGGCUAAAACAAGCCUCUUGAAGAUUUCGUUUGUUGAGAAUACUGUUGUCGUUGUUAAAGGCGUUAACGAGAGAAGCUUAAGUUAGGCUUUAGACUGAUUUGAUCUACGACUUCUGUUUUUUCUUGUUCCUGUUUUUUGGAGGAGUUGUGCUCUGGAAUUUGAGCGAUGAAUCGAAGCUUUAGGGCUCAAGACCCGCAAAUGCAAGCUGCAGCCGUGAAGCAGAGGCAGCAACUUAGGGCUUCAAUGAUGAAGGAGAAGGAAGACGACCUCGCAUUGUUUCUCGAGAUGAGAAAAAGAGAGAAGGAGCACAGUAAUCUUCUCUUUAACAACUCCGAAGAGCUUGAGUCUCCAUUAGGAUCCAAACCUGGCACCUCUCCAAUAUUUAAUAUCGCAUCAUCAACGCCUGCACGCAAGACUGGUGCUGAUGAUUUUCUCAACUCUGAUAAUGAUAAAAAUGACUAUGACUGGCUUCUUACACCUCCUGGUACACCUCUUUUCCCAUCCUUGGAGAUGGAAUCGCACAAGACUGUUAUGAGUCAGCUUGAUGCUCCAAAGGCUCGACCAACUGCCUUGAAAUCUAGAUUGGCAAAUCCUCAGCUGGAUCCUACUGCAAGGAGUAACUUAGUAUCCAAACAGAUAAUUUCUUCACCUGGGUUGAACUCUUCAAUUGGAGGGACUCGAAGACCCUCAUCAUCAGGGGGUCCUGGUUCAAGACCUGGAACACCAACAGGACGCCCCACAUUGACCACACCUUCUAAAGCUUCAAGACCUUCUACACCCACUUCUCGACCUACAUUAUCUUCGGCUAAAUCCUCUAUGUCUUCAAAUAAGUCCAUAGCUGUUUCUAUUAAGCCUUCAGCUACUGCAACUAGGCCUACAGCUACUGCAACUAGGCCUACAGCUACUGCAGCUAAGCCCACUGCUGCUGCAACUAAGGCAGUGGCUGCCCCAACUAAGUCCAUGAUUCCAACAAGAUCAAGCACUCCUUUAUCAAGGUCUGCUGAAAGAUCUUCAAAGCCAACUUCGAGACCCUCUGUACCUCCGUCAAAAUCUACAUCAAGGGCUGCAACACCAACUCGUCGACCAUCUACGCCAUCCAGUGCGCCCAGCAUAACUUCUCCUCCAAUUAAAUCAUCUCCUACAGUUGUCAAGCCGAAUCCUACAGCAUCAAAGAAUCCUGUUCCCUCCCGUGGCACUUCUCCAACAGCAAAAUCAAGGCCAUGGAAGCCUUCAGAAAUGCCAGGUUUCUCGCUAGAUGCACCACCCAAUUUAAGGACGUUGUUACCUGAAAGGCCACUUUCAACUGCAAGGGGCAGGCCUGGAGCACCAACUUCUCGGUCUUCUUCUGUGGAACCAACUCCUAUGGGACGACCAAGACGACAAUCAUGCUCUCCAUCUAGAGGACGAACACCGAAUGGUGUUCUGAUGCACACUAGUGGGAGCUCUGUUCCUGCUGUCAGUCGUGGGUAUUCUAAGUCUAAUGACAAUUUGAGCCCUGUUGUAAUUGGAACAAAGAUGGUAGAAAGAGUGAUAAACAUGCGAAAAUUGGUACCGCCCAGGCAAGAUGACAAACACUCCCCUCAUGGUAAUCUGUCUGCAAAGUCUUCAUCCCCAGACAGUUCGGGCUUUGGAAGAACACUCUCAAAGAAAUCAUUGGAUAUGGCUAUAAGGCAUAUGGAUAUAAGGCGAAGCAUUCCUGGUAACUUAAGACCCCUGAUGACAAAUAUUCCAGCAUCCUCUAUGUACAGCGUGAGAUCUGGACAUAAUACACGAACCAGAACAGUUAGUGUUUCAGAUUCUCCUCUUGCCACAAGCAGCAAUGCAAGUUCUGAAGUGAGUGUCAACAAUAAUGGGCUAUGUUUAGAUGGGAGUGAACUUGAAGAUGAUAUUGGCAUAGAGAGAUGUGGCCGGUCUCCAAGAAAUGCACGUAUGAGGGGAUGAGUAAGAGCUAAAUUCCCGAGAUACAUAAAGCUUAAAUUCAUCUUACAUCAUUAUUUUAAAUCUACAAAGCUUGACAGUUGAAAGAGAACCAAUUUCAGGGAAGAACUUGAUCUGAGUCACGCAGGCGUUCACUAUAACCUAAAUCCGAUUAGAUUGUUGUGUAAUUCACGGUCUCUGUAUUAUUAUUAGGAAAAACCCAGUUAGAUACAAAGAAGUUGUGAGCUAGCUUUAGACAGUUUGCACGAAAUGUUGUCCUCUCCUCUCCCUCCUUCCUGAUUGAAUUUGCUUCUGCAAUGAAGUUAAAGUUUGUCCAAUCUUA